GUUUAACACCCCUGCCUUAAACUGACACUCUUUGAUUGUGGGAAAGACACCAUAUCAAGCAUAUACAUGCAAGGGCUUCCAUGUUCUCAGCUAGUUGCAAUUUCUAGGCCGUCUUCCAUGGCCACCCAUGAAGUCCAUGAUCCCUCAGAAGGCCUUCUGGCAUUCUCACCUUUUCUGGGCCAUGGCUUCUAGAGCAUCAUCUGGCAUCACUGUUGUUGCUCCCAGAGGCUCCAGUAACCUCACCACAAGUGCUGUGCUAACCACUGCCCAACCCAGCUUCAUCGAAGGCCUUAUCAACAAAAUUCCAUUACCCAGAUGGGCUCUCAUAGCAAUUGCUGUAGCAGCAGGCUUAGUCCUGCUACUUUUCCUUAUCUGUAUCAUCAAGUGCUGCUGCUGCAAGAAGAAACGCAAGAAGAAGGAGAAACUCAACUUAACAAACAUUAAUGGUGCCUCCACAACAGCCAGCUUGGUCCAACCUGAUUUGGAAGACAUUGAAUGUGGACUGGAAGAUGAGAAACGAGGACGGCUGCAAUAUUCCCUAGAAUAUGACUUCCGUGGCCAGGAGUUGAAGGUUAGAGUGAAGCAAGCAGCAGAUCUAAAGGCCAUGGACAGUGGGGGUACCUCUGAUCCCUAUGUGAUUGCUUUCCUGACAUCUGACAUAAGGAAGAAGUACGAAACAAAGGUUCAUCGUAAGACACUCAAUCCUGUUUUCAACGAGAGCUUCAUUUUUCAGGUCUCCCAAGCAGAGCUGACUGAAGCUAUACUGGUCAUGCAAGUGUAUGAUUUCAACCGCUUUUCCAAGCAUGACAUAAUUGGUGAGGUGAGCCUGCCUCUUGUGGAUGUGGACUUACAGCAUGUAAUGGAACAAUGGCUUGAUCUCUCUCCAGCUGGCAAGAUAGAGCAAGAGCACCUUGGAGAAAUCUGCUUCUCACUGCGAUAUGUCCCCAGUACCAGCAAAUUAACGGUAGUUAUCUUGGAAGCCAAAAAGCUCAAGGUUAUGGAUGCAGAUGGAUUAUCAGACCCAUAUGUCAAAGUGCAACUUAUUCUGAACAAAAAGAAAUGGAAGAAAAAGAAGACAACGGUGAAGAAAAACACAUUGAGCCCCUAUUUCAAUGAAGCUUUUGUUUUUGAAGUGCCUUUCAACUUGAUCCAGAAUGUAGACCUGGUGAUCUCAGUCUGGGAUCGUGACAAAGUGACCAAGGAUGACCAGAUUGGAAAGCUGUUUCUCAGCUGCCGAGCUACAGGGAACCAGUUGCGCCACUGGUCAGAUAUGCUGGCUAAUCCUCGCAGGCCUAUGGCACAGUGGCAUAGUCUGCAGCCUGUGGAAGUCAUUGACAAAACUCUGGGCCUGAAGACACGCUUCAAACUGCCACUACCCACCAGUUAACCCACCCACCCCAAACAGUUCUCUCUAUGCCUCUCCACUCCAGAAGGAAACCCACAGCUAUUAUUUAUUAAGGAAGACCUGAUGGCAGAAAUCACCACACCCGGUUCAGUUAAAGAUAUAGCUGUAAUUAUUCUAGACAAGGGGAGGCAAGGCAAGGCAUUAUGCCACUGUAUCCCACAUUUAGGUAACCAGCAGUUAUCCCAAGGCACCCUGCCAUCAGGAUCAUACUUCUGAAGAGAAUUUGAACCACUGCACAGGUCUCUUUAUUGGUGUUCUCUGGGACUGGAGAAGAUAAGGAAGCAAGAGAAUGACAAGUUGGCCGAAGUGGGAGAUGAAAAAUCAGUGCACCAACCUGCGUACUUCCCUUUGAAUGUCUUAACUGGGAGACAUUUCACAUGGAGGCUGAAAAAACCCACUGUCUCUGUAAAUUGGGAUGGUUGGGUGGGAAGAAAUGGCAAAGCCCUAUUGCACUUUAGGAAGAAGGGAAGAUAAGGAAAACUUUCUGCCCCAUAGUGUCAGAGCAAAAUAGCAAAAUAGCAGAACUGGAAGUUAAUCAUCUAUCUAUCUAUCUAUCUAUCUAUCUAUCUAUCUAUCUAUCUAUCUAUCUAUCUAUCUAUCUCUAAUCUGUUAGUUUGUCCACCUACAUACCUAUAGUCCAUCCAUCCAUCCAUCCAUCCAUCCACCCACCCACCUACCUACCUACCUAUUUGUUGCCCAUUUGUCUCUCUUUCUAAUCUAUUAUCUAUCUAUCUAUCUAUCUAUCUAUCUAUCUAUCUAUCUAUCAUCUAUCCACCUACCUACCUACCUACCUACAUAUGUAUCAAUUCAUCAGAUGAUGACUUCCCUAAGUCUAAAGGUAUUCUGAAGACACAGAGAUGUGGGGCCAAUCUUAGACACAAUCUUGUGAAUCCCACAAAAAUUAAUAUGCUCAACAAUGGUAUGUAUUGUACUAUCAUGGAUCAAAUCUAUUGUUUUACUUUGCUGGGGAAAAAAGCAUGUAGCCCUUCAAAAUCAAACUGUUAACAUAUCAGUAUAUGGACAUGUAUGGGUCAGUUUUUUCCUCUAGAUUUAAGGGGAAAACAAAACUCGAAAAUAACCGUGGUUAGAGUUGUGCCCCCUGUUCUUAUUAAACAUUUUAAAAAUAA